UCUAACAGAAUUCUGUGGAAGUUAGACAGAGGGUCCCAAUGGAGUAGGUAGCAGGUCAAGGAUGUGAGGAACUUUUCCCCAGGUUUUUCUCUCUUUCUCUCUCAAUCAACAUCUGCAUUGUGAUUGAUGGCUUCCCGGUCUCUUAAAUAGUGGCUAGACCACAACUGCGCACAGAUGGUUCCCUGACCGGGAAACCAGAACAACAGAGAGUGCCUCAGUUUUCCUAUUUGAACAAAUUAUUUGUUCAAAUGGGUAGACUAGGCCUCUCACUACCCUUCUAAAGAUCUUGGGUAUGGAGAGAGAAAUGAGAAAGCCGAAGAGAAACAUGAAGCAGUAAACCAAGGCCAACCAAGAAGAACAGCAUUUGACUAAAGAUGCUCCAACCAUGGGGACUGGCACUUCUCUGGGGUUUCCUUAUAAUGUCCUCAGUCCAAGCAGAACCAGAAGGCCAAGGGCUUUUGAACAUUAGUCCCAAACUUCUCAAAAAAAUUUUUUUGCAGGAAUUUGAUAAUCAGGAUACUAUUCAGACCCUAAAAGACUUGCCUCUCUAUGACGCCAUGAAGAAUAAUUAUAUGACCAACAUACCUGUGAUUGGAAAUGUUGUCGGUAAUAUUAUGACGCAGAUUAUAGGGCUUCAAGUCAACACGGUUAACAUUAAAAACUUAGACUUGAAAUUUACUGAGAGCGAUCGCCUCCGGAUCAAGAUCCCCUUCGACAUGGUGGCCGGCUUAAACCUCGCAAUUACCGACAAACUCAUUGAGAUGCGCAUAGAAAGUGAUAUCAUAGCCGAAAUCCGAACAGUAAUUGGCGAUAUGGGGCAAUCUCAUUUAGUCUUCAGCUACAGUACUGAAAGCCUCUCUAACUUGCAAAUCAGUCUUCUCCAAAAAUUCUCCUUCACAGUCAACUACGUGGCUAACAGUGUUAUUGAGUUACUACUGCCAGCACUCCCCAAGUUAUUGAAGAAAGAGAUAUGCCCGGUUGUUCAAAAGUCCAUUGUGAACAUGGCUGACAAAAUUGAAAAUUGGCCAACAUUACCAAUGCCAUUUGGACAAAAAUAUCUGACUUUUGAGGUCCUGAAAUCCUCACUUGUGGACAACAGCUUUCAGCUGGAUCUGAAUGCGAAGCUUCUGGGCCCAGGAGGAAAGCUGAUUAAGGUUUUCAAUGAGUCCAAAUCAGAGGUCUCUCAGAAAAUACCUAAAGUGGGCGCCUUUGACUUCAGUUUCGUCAUAAGACAGGAUGUGGUGAAUGCCAUCUUUGAGGCACUGCUGCCUCCUGAGGAGCUAAUGGUUCUUCUAGACACUGUGCUUCCUGAGAUUGCCCGUCAAUUGAAAUCAGUUCUCAAUAAGAUCAACCCAACGGCUCAUGGACAGCUGGAGUCAACUCAGAUUGUGAAGCUCUUAAACCAGGAGUUUCCACAGAUCAUCCUGAAACCUGGCAGUGUCAAGUUAUCCCAACUGGUUGUGUUCGAGGUGUUUCCUAACAACAGAGAAAAUGUGCCUCUUUUCACUCUGGCCAUUGAAACAAGUUCUGAUGGUCAGUUUUUCACUGAAGGGAACAAACUUUUUUUCAACCUCCUAAGAAUCAGCACUGACCGCAUCCAUCUAAUGAACUCAUCAACAGGCAUGUUCAGUCCUGAACUCUUGGGGAAGGUGAUCAGUGAACUCUUAUUCUCUGUGUUGUUGCCGAACCAGAAUGGUUUAUUUAAAAAUGGAAUUCCCUUGCCCAUCAUAAAGGAGUCAGGAUUUCAACAAGCCAAAGCAAUUCCUAUUCAGGGUGCACUCCUGAUCAUCCCAGCCAAAUCCUAGGCUAUCUGCCACACCUGGCUCAGCAGACCCAUCGGUAAAGGGAAGUCAGAGAAUACAAAGAUGAUGGAGGAAGAGAGAUUGCCAACUUUGUUCCUAAAUCCGACUUGAGAGGAGCUGAGAGUGGGAGAACAUGAGAGUUUUCCAGUCUGUAGAUGUUCUAACAUCAAUAAACAUAUCUAUCCCUGCA